UCCAAAAUAGCCAAAAAUCUAAAAAAACCAAGAUUCCAAAUUUACCAUAUGGAAGUUACAAAUGAAUGGUAUAACAACAAAAACACAACCCAACGGAUGUGCGCGACCGCCGCAACUCCUCUCUCCUUAGUGCCUACCACCACCUCCAUUAAUAAAGCCCUGCACAGCUUCUCUAGCUUGAGCUGGUCGGGCUGGUGUGUGUUUCCAAUCAUAUACCAUAUCUCUUCUUCAUCUAAGGAUCUUUUCAUACCCACCCCCGCUCCCCAUCCCACACUCCCCCCACGCAGCUGGCGGCGCGACGGCUAUUUUCUCUCUUUGCCGCCGACGCCGCCUUCUGUUCAUUGCAUUUUCUCAACUUUAUUCAUUGUUGCAACCAAAUAGGUAUAUAUCGUUGCCGCGGCAUUCCCCUUCAACAUUGCUCAUUUUGAUAUUGUUCAAUAUUGGGAUGACGGACUACAGCCCAAUGACCAAUAAUGUAUCUUUGUCAUCCUCAUCAUCAUCACCAUCAUUGUACGGCCCAGAUACGUCGGAGUUGCAGCGUAUGCUUUUAACGAAGAACAAGAAAAAGUUGUCGAAACAGCUAUCCAUGUGCGAGACUCGACGGGACAUCGCUUGGGAGAAGAGGCGUCACCAAACUCUUAUGCAAGAACGUAAAAAGAACAAUAUUAUUGAUUCCGAAGACUUGACCGACGAGGACUUGAACGAGCUUAAAGGGUGUAUAGAACUUGGGUUUGGGUUCAAUGAAGAAGAAGGGCAGCAACUGUGCAAUACCUUGCCGGCUCUUGAUCUUUAUUUUGCAGUAAACCGACAGCUUUCACCUAGUCCAGUGUCCACGCCAGAGUGCCCGGAGACCAUGUCGUCCUUGGGCAAGCGAUCCUCAUCGUUUGGGAGCCAAACUAGUGAUUCAGAUUGGAAAAUAUGCAGCCCAGGGGAUGAUCCUCAGCAGGUGAAGACCAAGUUGAGGCAUUGGGCACAAGCCGUGGCAUGUUCAGUGUUGCAGUCUUAUUGAUCCAAGUGUGGGAUGGCUUUUACAGAAGACACAGGCAUCAGACUUGCAGAAUUACAGAUUGUCUUUCAUUUGCCCCACCAGGAAAAAUAAAAAUGAAAAAUAAUGACAAACUUUUUUGAAAAAAAAAAGGUUGGUGCGACGCCGUUUUGAGGUUCCUUUUCUAUUUGUUGAAGAGGUUCUUGGCUUUUGAUGACGACUUUGGUAAGAGAUAAAUAUGCAUUCUUCUCGUUUUUCUUGUUUGUUAUUGAUAUAAUUUUCCAUUAAGUUUGUUUUGGGGCAGAACAAAAGUGUAACAGUACUGGUAGGCACUGUAACUUUAUCUUUUUGUUUUUUUUUUCCUCAAAUUCAUGUAUUCUAUCAAAUGCAAAAUGCUUAUUGUGUACUGUGUAC